AUGAAUAGCAAAGGAAAUACAUCGGAGUGGCUUGCAAGGAAAAAUGACAGUAAAAAUGGUGAAGAAAUGCGAGAAUUGCCACAGAAAAAGUUCUACAGGCAAAGGGCUCAUGCAAAUCCGAUCAGUGACCAUGAAUUCGAUUAUCCGAUUUUUCCUGAACAGAUGAACUGGAAGACCUAUUUUGGCGAUUACAGCGAAGGACGUCAGAUAGAGUUUGUCGAUGUUGGUUGUGGCUAUGGAGGUUUGCUGAUUAAACUUUCUGCUUUAUAUCCAGAAACUCUGAUGGUUGGAUUGGAAAUUCGAGUCAAAGUUAGCGAUUACGUGCAAGACAAAAUUCAUGCGCUGCGCCUACGAGAACCAGGAAAUUAUCGAAAUGUGGCAUGUCUUCGAACAAAUGCAAUGAAAUAUUUACCAAAUUACUUCUGUCGACAUCAGCUCACCAAGAUGUUUUUCUUGUAUCCAGACCCUCAUUUUAAGAAAGCGAAACAUAAGUGGCGAAUUAUCACACCAACUCUAAUAGCUGAAUAUGCUUAUGUUUUGAAACCAGGAGGACUGGUUUACACGAUAACAGAUGUUGAAGAAUUGCACAUUUGGAUGGUGAAGCACUUCUCUGAUCAUCCCUUAUUUGAACGUUUACCCGAUUUGGCCAUGAAAACGGAUUCGAUUGUAGCAAUGCUUUACGAUAGUACGGAAGAAGGACAAAAAGUAACACGUAAUGAAGGUUCGAAGUGGCCUGCUGUAUUUCGACGGUUACCUGAUCCUGAUUUGUCGUCAUCAUGA